UAUCCGCUACUACAUCUCCAGUCCACGUCGCUAUAUCUCGCUGAUCGCCAUCGGCACCAGACACCACAAAAUCAACCGAGCUCUUCUCCCAUCUCGUGCGGCGGGCCGGCAUGUCUUCGGCUUCGGCUCCGCUGCUCGGUGCCUGCGAGCCCGCCGAUGGCAAGGGCGGCGAGGAGAAUCCCUGCUCGCCGGCGUGGUUACACCGCUUGAUCGACACGGAGGAGGCAUGGGCGCAGCUGCGGUUCGCGGUGCCGAUGGUCCUGACCAACAUGUCCUACUACGGCAUCCCGCUGGUGUCCGUGAUGUUCUCCGGCCACCUCGGCAACGUCCACCUCGCCGGCGCUACGCUCGGCAACUCCUGGGCCACCGUCACCGGCUACGCCCUCGUCGGUCUCACGGCGGGGCUUGAGGAUGGGUGACGGUGUCCUGCACUAGGGGGUACUCACCACGUCAUCUCCCGAUCUAUUAGAUUGGGCCGAGGACCCCCGUGGCCGUAUACUCAUGUGCCAGUUCAGACUGCUACCGCAUA